AUGGUCCGCGAGCAGGAGCCACCCAAGGCGCCGCUCGUCCCUGCAAAACAAAACCUGAUAUCUCAGAAGCCAGUACCGAGGCAGCGGAGUACUAUGUCGAAGCCAGCUGCCUCCGAUGAACCGCAAUUCGGAGUCCCAUCACCGCUUCGUCUAAUUCCUCAAUCCUUCUCAACCAGACCUCAACAGGCUCCACCUAGCCAGCCGACUUCCCUUCCAUUUUCUGAUCAAUCGCUCUACUCCCCGGUGAUCAAUCCUUCUUUUCACCCCUCGUCCUUUGAUCAGCAGACCAAAACUUCGCCUCCGUAUCACGCCAAGCCUAAAGAAAAAUACUCCGAGCUAUUCAUACCCUCCAGAAAGCCUGUGAAGCCAGCCGCCAACCCUCUAUCACAAGCAAGAAAUACCAUGAACAGCCAUCAACAGGAUCUACAAGCUCCUGUACCCAACAGCGAUGAUGAUUUCGUUGAGAUCCCACGCCCAGCUAACCAGCCAGCGUUUGCGCCCAGACCAGCCCAACCUCCAAUCUUCUCUUCGCAGCCCAUCCUUCCCAAGCCGAUCAGCAAUUUCAUCGACUUGACUGCUAAUACAAUUGGCAUGGCUACGAACAAUGAUCUGUUCCAUGAUAGGUUUGGAGCAGCAGAUCCACCUAUGUACAUGGAUUCCGGGAAAGCUACGGACGAUAUCAAAGCGCUUCUUGAAGGCGCUUUUGAGGACGAAGAUGACAAACCACGCACACGGCAGAGGAAGAAACAAGUGACAGACGGUCUAGUCGCAAAGCUGGAGGGAUUAAACGUCGAAGGUGCUGAAAAAGAGGCAGACGCGGCUGAGGACGAGGAAGCCGAGGAAGAUGACGGUACUGUAGAGGGGCUGAAGGUCAAACUUUUACCGCAUCAGGUUGAAGGGGUCAAUUGGAUGCGGGACAAGGAGCUGGGUACAAAGAAGACAAGAGGUGUUUUCCCCAGAGGUGGCAUUCUGGCAGACGAUAUGGGCCUGGGCAAAACCAUCCAAUCAAUUGCCCUCAUGUUGACAAAUCCAAAACCCUCAGCCACGGAGUCGGAGAGGUCUGACAACAAGAGGAAGCUUCCAGCCAAUCUCGACAAAGGUACAUUGGUUGUGGCGCCACUGGCCUUGAUCAAGCAAUGGGAAGGAGAAAUCCGAGAUCGUGUUGAAGACACCCACACUCUUCGUGUCUGCGUCCAUCAUGGCCCUCAACGAGCGAAGAGCUUCAAAGACUUGAGGAAAUAUGAUGUCGUGAUUACUACAUACCACACUCUUGUCUCGGAGCAUGGCUCAUCCGGGGACAACCUCAAGGUUGGCUGUUUUGGCAUCAACUGGUACCGCGUCAUUCUGGACGAAGCACAUUCCAUCAAAAACAGAAACGCCAAAGCUACCAAAGCAGCUUGCGCCCUGAACUCCGAGUACCGUUGGUGCUUGACCGGAACACCGAUGCAGAAUAAUCUCGACGAGCUACAGAGCUUGAUUCACUUCCUACGCAUCAGGCCUUACGAUGAUCUCAACAACUGGAGGGAACAGAUCACCCGUCCCAUGAACAAUGGGAGAGGAGGACUGGCAAUCAGACGUCUACAGGUCUAUCUCAAGGCUUUCAUGAAGCGAAGAACCAAAGACAUCCUGAAACAGGAGGGCGCACUUAGAAGUGGUGGCGCGGUAAAGGAAGGUGAAAAAUCCAACGGGUUCAAGAUCGUCAAAAGAACAGUCGAGAAGGUUGAAGCCGAGUUCACACCUCGGGAGCGAGGGUUUUAUGAACGGCUAGAAUCGAGGACCGACAAAAGUCUCGAACAAAUGAUGGCGGGGAACAAGAUGAGCUAUGCUUCUGCACUCGUCUUGCUGUUGCGUUUACGUCAAGCGUGUAAUCAUGCGAACUUGAUCAAGGGCGAUCUGGCCAAGGAGGCAGACGCUUUCGUCAACGGAAGUGGCAAUCAGACACCAGGCAGGAAAAAGGCUGUCAAGGAGGAUGAUAUGGACUCAAUUUCUGCCAUGCUGGGAGGCUUGAGUGUGGCCACCAAGAGAUGCGACGUCUGCCAGAUCGAGCUGUCUUCGAAACAUUCAGCGGCUGGCGCGAUCAGAUGUGCCGAGUGUGAAGCUGAUCUAGAAGACGAUAAGAUUAGGCAGCACGCUGUUGAAGAGCGGAGAAGGAAGAAAGAGAAAAAGUCCUUGAGGCGGGCUCAAAAGCAAGAGAGAGCACAGAGAAAACCCCGGAGAAAUGUUAUUACGGACAGCGACGAUGAAGAGGACGAAGGCGAGUGGAUCGUACCCGAGAAGCAACAGAACGUCUCCGACCUAGGCAGGGCUGGUGGUUCUGAUGACGAGGAUGCUGAAGGGGGUGGUGAAUGGAUCGCGUCUGACUCUGAGAACGAAGCCCGCUCGGUUCGUCGAAAACAGAAGCCAGUAAACCUCAUAAGUGACGACGAGGAACAGGCUUCUGAGAACGAAGACGAAAACAACAGCUCAACCAGCGAUGGAAACGACGAGGAUGACGAAGACGACGAAGACGUUUCCAGCGAUGACCAGGGCGACGUUCAAUCUCCGAUCAUCUCGACCAAGAUCCGCCACCUCCUCCGAAUCCUGCACCGCGACUCCGCCACCCACAAAUACAUCAUCUUCUCCUUCUUCACCUCGAUGCUCGACCUGAUCGAGCCCUUCCUCCGCCGCGACGGCCUCACCUUCACCCGCUACGACGGCCAGAUGCGCAACGACCUCCGCGAAGCCAGUCUCGAACGACUGCGCACCCAUGCCAAAACCCGCAUCCUCCUCUGCAGUCUCCGUGCCGGCUCACUGGGCCUAAAUCUCACCGCGGCAAGCCGAGUCGUGAUUCUAGAGCCGUUUUGGAAUCCGUUUGUAGAAGAACAAGCCAUCGACCGCGUGCACCGGCUCAACCAGACCCAAGACGUGGUCGUGUACAAGCUCAGCGUCAAGGACACGGUCGAGGAACGCAUCUUGGAUCUGCAGGACAAGAAACGCCAGCUCGCCGACGCGACCAUCGAGGGCAAGACCGCCGCCGCCAAGCUGACCAUGGAGGAUAUGCUCAAGCUGUUCAGACACGAUGCCGAGCAUGGCACUGCUCAUGCCGAGGCUGACGGGGUGGGCGUCGGCUUGGAUCUGGGUAGGGCGGGGGGAAGGAGGGUGCUGCUGGAGAAUGACAGUGCUGCGGGUGGUGAUGUCGAUGCGGUGCGUGGGAACGGGAUUCAGAAGGCCAAGACGGGGAGGGAGCACGCGGUUUAUGGGCGGAGGUGGUAG